CAUGCCACACACAACAGCGUCCUUAUUGCAAGAUGGCGGAAGAAGACAUCGAAUACCAUGUCACUUUUCCUUCUCCAACGUCUGUUGCUGAAGAUCAAGAUGCAAGUGAAGAGAAUUUAGAGUAUCUUGAUGAACAAAAAGAAUUAGAGAAAGAGCCAGUUGUUAUUAUGUUAGGAUGGGUUGGAUGUCAUGACAAGACCUUGGCUAAAUACAGUGCAAUUUAUGAAAAGCGCGGAUUCAUAACCAUUAGGUAUACAGCAUCAGUGGAGGACGUGUUUUUCAAUCAACACAAAUUAAGGCCAAUAGCUUUGAAGUUAUUGGAGUUGUUAUCUGAUUUGAGUCUUGAGGACAACCCAAUAUUCUUUCAUGUAUUUAGCAAUGGUGGUGGCUUUGUGUACCGCUACAUAGCUGAGAUACUGAACAGUGAUUGUCAGUAUGAUUCUCUCAAUGUGAGAGGAACAGUGUUUGACAGCGCCCCAUCACAUAGAAGUCCCUUUGUUGCCAGAAGAGCAUUUAUGUUGACCAUGCAACAUAAAGGAUUCAUGUGGAGACAAUUCAUGGGACUCUUAGUGUUAAUCACUAUAUUUCUCAAAGUAUUUAUUGAGAGAAUAACUUCUUUAUUUAGAUGGUCAAGUGAUACUAGUUUCGGCGACUACUGGGAUGUAAUGAAGAAUGACAAAUCCAGAUGGCCACAGCUUUAUUUAUAUUCCAAGGCAGAUGAAUUGGUAAACUACAGAUAUGUGGAGGAAAUUAUAAAACAUAGGAAAAAGUUAGGAGUAAUUGUGAUGGCCAUGUGCUGGGAGGACUCACCUCAUGUUCAGCACUUCAGAGUUCAUAGAGAAGCCUACAUGGCACAGGUCUAUGCAUAUGUUGAUUUUUGCUUAAAUAGUUUGGAAUAAACUAUUGAUAACUUUGCCAACAGACGCUUAGCUUCAGAAGGAGUAGAAUAUAGUGAUUUAAAGUACUUUGAUAUUGUUGGAGAAGUAUGUCCAUCAAUUUACUUUGGUAUAACUGUGAUAUGCAAUUUGAAAUGAGCAAAGUAAAAAAGAAUGCUCAGUGCUGUAAAUACACAGAAAACUGAAAACAAAUUACUUGAACAAUAUUCCAACAUGUAAUUGUGAUGGUUUUUUAAGUAUUUACAACAAAAUGAUAGGAAAGGGAUGAAAAGGCUGUGUUUGAAGUUAUUUUUAUUGUAUAGCUACAAUGCAUAUAUUGUGUGAUGAUCUUUAUAGGCGUGUCAAAAAUUUGCCAUGUAAACGUGAUAGCAUAAUGAUGAGUAUGGCAGCAUAAUACCCUACUUUAACUGUCCAUGACAUGUUCUCUUAUCAACUGUCAGUGAUGCUUUUUAUGCUUUUCAAAGAACGCUCACAAAGAUCACUGAUGUUCCAUUUCAUAAUUGAUGUUUCAGAAUUUUGGAUCAGUAUGUGAACAUGAAUGUAUAUCUUUUUAUGCUCCACCAUUUGCCUGGAAUGUCGAUCACGAAAUUGUUUGAAUAUAUUAUACAACAUUAUUGUUCUUGUCUUUGAUGUAAGCCUAAGGUUUGGAAGUAAUGGUUUUAAAUUUAGAUGUUAUUCAGGUGUUGUGUUUUUGAUAUAAUGUUUGUCAUUUUGCCAAGAAUUUUACAUGCUCUGCAGCAAUCAUACUAAUGUGUAACAUUGGUUGGAGUUGUGGUAUACAUUCUUAGAAAGACAUAGAGGUUAAACCUUUCACAUGUUCCAAUUUAUCUGAGUCAACUUACGAAAAGUAGCCUCUGACAAUUUUUCAGCAUAAUAAUUAAGGUCUUUUGUUCUAAAAACAAAAUGACACCAUGGACAAAAUUGUACUGAUAAUUUUCAUGACUGCAAAAUAAACAUAUUAUCAAAUGAAAGAG